AGUACGUUCCGGUGACGUGCUGUGGUUAGACAAGUCGUCAGCCGUGCUUGAGCCCUACACAUUCCCUAUGGCCUGUGUUUUUGUUUAUGCUUUACUCCUGGAGAAGGGCUGAUUAUCUCAAUUUCUCCCAUCCGAGCACCAGGUUAUCACCUGCGGUGUAUUUUUCCACAGUACGGGCAGGGCGAUACCAAAUCAAAGCAGCAUUAGCAGCUUGUACAAGAGUAAUUUGUGAGUAAAAAGACUGAGAUUCAAAGAAAGAAACACCCCUGAAUAUAAGGAUGGCGUAUCUACAGCAAGUACGCUGCAAAAGCGUCUACCGCAACAUGGGGCUUCAUCUGUUGAAGCCAACAAGCCUGGACCACUUUGAGCCAGUGAAGGCAAAAGUACCAGUAGACAACCCAGUCAGGUUCUUCCGAGACCACGGCCGGGACUACUUCGUGUGCUGUGCUGAUUUCCAGACCAUGGAGCUCGUCUUUGUCAAGCCAAAAGAUAUCGUCACUGUUAAAAGAGAUUCUUUCUUCAGUGAGGCCCUGCGACGACAAGCAGACGAACUGCUGGUGAUUCCGUUCUCCCAGUUGGCAGGUGUGGCUGCUGAGGUUGCCGAUGACGUGGCGUACGUCACUACUAUUCACAUUCAUAUGACGAUGCGCUGCGGCUCUACACUACUGAUCAAGGCGCUAGAAGCAAGCGGCCUGAUGCACACCUUGCCCGAAUCUGACGUGUUUGCCAACAUUUUUCGGUACGUCCAGUCAAAGACAGCCAUGCCUGAAGAUGUCACGGAGAUGUUGCUGGAGGUCAUUCGACACACCAACACCCUGUUCAACUACACUCUCCUGCAGUCAGACCCAUCCAAAACCAUCACGUGUUACAAAAUGCGCGGACAGGUUUUCCCCAUAGCGGAUCUGUUGCGGAAGGCCUUGCCAGAAGUGAAGACCGUCUUACUCUACAGAAACCUUCUUGGUACGGUGGACUCUUGGGCUCACGUUAUGGCCGAGAGAAGCUACUGGAAAUAUUGGUUGAUAACAGCCCUUAGGCUAGAUUCUUUCUAUCUCAAAAACUUACUUCUUAUGGUUCCUAACUCUCCAUGGGAAAACCCCGUGUUCAGGUGCAUCCCUGUCCCACAUGGAGUUGUAUGGUUAGCUACAUGCAUCUGGCUCGAGUACAUGCAGAAAGCCCACGAGCUGACGAAAACAGAUGCCCACAAAUGUUUCAACGUGAUGCUAAGAUACGAAGAGCUGUGUGAAUACAAGGAGGAGAUGGUCGCGAAAGUCAUUGAGAGUCUUGGCAUCAAAUUAUGUGUCGAUGAGGAUGCAAAAGUGAAGAUACGACAAGUGUUUGGGUUCAACAGUCAGGCCGGACAUUCUCUCGCCAGUAGCAGUAGGGCUCCCAGUCGGGAAGACAGUUGGUUGGGAGAAUGGGAGAUGGGGAUCAUUUCAAAGGUUCUUGAUCAUGUCAAUUACGAGGAGAUCAGCCGACCAAAUUUUGUACUCAAUGGGACCUUGAUGCAGAUAUGAUAGGAGUAGGAUCGUUCAGUCAGCCUACACGAAAUCCUCCCUUCCAGUUUAAAGUAGGAUUGGGCUGUUAAAAAGAUAACGGUAGAGUGGGUGGAAGAGGUUGGAUUGGAAGGGGUAGGGUUCAAACAUCUGGAUUGGAACUAGGGUAGGGUUUGGGCAAUUUUGAAUUGGGACUAGGGAGGGUUUCGGCAACUUUGGAUUGAAACCGGAAGAGUUUUGGCAAUUUUGGUUUCGAACUAGGAAGGGCUUGGGCAAUUUUAGAUUGAAACUAGUGUAGGGUUUGGGUUAAUUUGGAUUGGAAACUAGGGAGGAUUAUGGCUCAUUUUGGAUUAGGAGCAGGGAGAGUUUGAGCAACUUUGGAUGGAACCAGAAGAGUUUUGGCAAUUUUGGAAGGAAAUAGGGUAGGGUGUGAGUGAGGAUGUUAAAAUGGUGUAAGCAAUUUCUGGAUUGGAACUAGGGUAGAGUGUGAGCCAGGAGGUUAAAGAUGGUGUAAGCAAUUUCUGGAUUGGAACUAGGGAAGGGACAGAACCUUCUUUUUCAUCUUUUCCACCCCCACCCCCCUCCACAUUUAUUUUAUUUUUUUGGAACAGCCCUUUGUAGAUCCGCUCGUAUAUGACUUCACUGACUCCGAGUCCAUGUCAUCACAGGCAGUUGUUGUUGUGUGGUGCUUGUUUACCAUGAUGCCUCAUCUAACGUUAUUUUGUAGAAAUGCAUAACGGUGGCAAAAAUAUAUCAUUUAAGUAACGUUAAAAGUACCAUCUGUAAUCAUCAACAGAGUCGAAAUGUACAUUGUUGCACGCAUAGCCAGUAUACCAAUAGCAAGGCUCGUCCGAUGUUACACAAGACAAGGAACCGAUAUUUUCUUGUAAAUAAUAGCUACUCUCCAAGAAGAGGUUCGGCUCCGGCUGUUUUGUGACGUGUUUUAGACGUUUUUAUAUGCCCAAAAGGCCUAAACACACGUAAAAACAGCCGAUGCCAAACCUCUGCUUGGAGAGUAGUAUAAUGUGUGGUGUGGUGUGGAACCACUGCGGGGAUUGAAGCCAUUAAAAAGUGAAAACGG